UCUGGGCAGCCGUUCGGCAAGGUAGUCUGGCGCAUGGCGGACACGGUGUUGUUCGAGUUUCUGCACACCGAGAUGGUGGCGGAGCUAUGGGCUCCGGACCUCAACCCCGGCCCGGGGGGACAGAAGACCAGCCUGUCGGUUCUGGAGGGCAUCGGCUUCCGCGUGGGCCAGGCUUUGGGUGAGAGGCUGCCACGGGAGACCCUGGCCUUCAGGGAGGAGCUGGAUGUGCUCAAGUUCCUGUGCAAGGACCUGUGGGUGGCCAUAUUCCAAAAGCAGAUGGAUGGGCUCCGCACCAACCACCAGGGGACCUAUGUCCUGCAAGACAACAACUUCCCCCUCCUGGUGCCCAUGGCCUCAGGCCUUCAGUACCUGGAGGAAGCACCCAAGUUCCUGGCAUUCACCUGUGGCCUUCUAUGUGGCACGCUCCGGACCCUGGGCGUCCACAGCCUGGUCACUGCCUCCGUGACAACCCUGCCUGCCUGUAGGUUCCAGGUGGUGAUCCUCAGGUCCUGACGGCGCCGGGCUGCCCAGCUCCCCACCUCAAGAGAUGGGCAUGUCUUGGCCCAGCACCCAACCCUGGCUGCUGGAAUGUGGUCUUAGGGCUGGUGCUGUCGAGUUCUGGGAGUCCUGGGAGGCAGGUGGGCCCCCACAGUCGGGACUGGUAUGGAGGGACCCGGGUGCAUCACGCCAGGUGGCAGGAGCCCAAUAAAGGUUCUUCAUGUAGA